AUGUCUGCUCACCAACGCAAAUACGAUCCCGCCGAUUCUAGCCCGUGCAGCUCAUGUCGAGACUUCCUCCCUCUGGAUUUCAGCAAGAAUAAUCCUAGAACCUUCCUCCCCGACUUCCAGCGGACCGCAAGGGAUGGGUGUUUUAGGUGCCAGUUUCUCUUGGCUGGCAUUGAGAAAUUCUCCUAUUUCUGGAAAAGUAGUAGUGAAUCCGCCGGUCAAGCUGCAUCGACGACGGCCCAGGAGACUUGGAGGGAAGACGAAAUCAGGGUUUUCAACUAUGCGUACGAUGCCGAUGUAUUGGAAGUUCUUCUGUCCCGACCGAGGCGAGCAGAGGAGGGAUACGAAACCCUCGAGUUGGAGUUCUACUCUCACAAAGACGAAGAAUCGCCCUUUCCCGAAUUCUUCCCGGCCGGCGACGUUCCCCAAAGCUCGAACUCGGAGGCGAGCUUUGCAACGAUUCAAGGGUGGAUAUCGACUUGCUUGUCAAGCCAUAAGCUAUGCUCGUCAGGCAAAGAAUUGAGCAUAAUGCCCACCAGAAUUCUCGAUGUUGGUGUACCCGAUGCUACCAACCAGAGACUCUGUCUGGAAUCAGAGGUGGCUGUUCCAGCUCAGUAUGCUGCUUUGAGCCACGCUUGGGGCAGGAAAGAGGACAGGAUCAAGCCAAUGCCGAAAACGCUCAAGUCCAACAUUUGCCAGCGUCUUGAGGGCAUAGAUUGGUCAGAGUUGACGCGAACCUUCCAAGAUGCCAUCAAAAUUACUCGACGUCUAGGUCUGAGAUAUCUAUGGGUUGACGCUCUGUCCAUCAUUCAGGAUGAUGACGACGACUGGGCGCUGGAAGCAAGUCGUAUGGCAUCCGUCUAUGAAAAUGCGUAUGUGGUGAUCGCAGCGACAAGGUCUCGGACCGGCGACGACGGGUGCUUUUCGGAGAGGUCAUGCAGUUACAAAGUAAGCCUGGCAGACUCAGCAGGGAAAGUAUUCAAUGCAUAUGUCAAACAAAAGAUAUCCCACCGCGACUUUGCCGAAGGACCCGCAACUUUCGAGACGAUGCCUCUCUUCGACCGUGCCUGGGUGUUCCAGGAGCGCUUGCUGGCAACAAGAGUCAUCCACUACACUCAGCAUGAGAUCAUGUGGGAAUGCAAAGAGUCCCUAAAGUGCGAAUGUCAGGGUAUGGAAAGCGGAAGAGACUGGUCGCACGGAAAGAACACUGGAAAUUUCAAACUCAAACAGGCCCAGGUACUUUAUCACAAUGACAAUGCGCUGGAGAGACUCAAGCAAUGGUCGCGUAUUUUGAGAGAAUACUCUGUACGCUCGCUCCAUUUUGAUGGUGACCGAUUACCGGCUCUCUCAGGCAUAGCUGGUCAGAUGCGACUGCCAAGUAUGGGCCAGUAUCUGGCGGGGAUUUGGUCCGAAUCAAUGCCACAGACGUUGACUUGGAAAACGAGUGUGGGCAUUGUCGAAAAGAGGUGGCUUACAAGAAGACCAGUCGAAUACCGGGGGCCUUCUUGGUCGUGGGUCUCUGUGGAAGCUGAGUGUCUCAUGUGGGUACCAGAUCCAGCUGAUGAGGUCGAGGUUCAUUGCAUAGUGGAAGAGGCGCAAUGCAAACUUGUGAGUCCCGAUCUCUAUGGACAAGUCUCAAGCGGGGUUUUGACAGUAUCUGCGCCAUCCUUUUGGACCAAACUCAGAUAUACUGAGUUAAGGGAUCAAAACGACGUCCAGCGCUACAGCCUCUCCUUUGACGGCGGCUCUGUGGUCCUCGACGCGGAUGUGCCCUUGAUCGAAGGACCCAGUGAAGUUCCCGAGGGAACUCUGAUACUAGUCAUGGUCGUUUUGAGCAAUGAUAUUCCCAACAAGGUGGAGAGACAUAAACCGUUGUGGAAGAACAGACAAGUGAGCCGGUGGUGGAGGGGCGUGGCACUACAGCCGUGCAGACUUGAAGACGGUGCAUUCGAACGGAUCGGCCAUGUUUCUGGACGAGUGGAUAAAUUGGCCAACACAAAGUCGAUAAGAGUCAAGAUCGUAUGA